UGCAAUAAAAGAAUUGAAAUCUAUGAUAUCUUUUGAUGAUGGUGUUUCUUGGAAUUAUAUAGAACCUCCUAAAAAAAAUUUAAAUAAUAAGGACUUUGAUUGUAAUAUAAAUAGUUGGAAAACUGGGGAAUGUUCUUUACAUCUUCAUUCUGUCACAACUGCUAAUUAUUUUGGUUUUGUGUAUUCUUCUUCAUCAACUGCUGGUUUUCUUAUGGGUGUUGGUAACGUUGGUUCACACCUCUUGUCAUAUGAAGAUUGUGACACUUUUCUAUCAACUGACGGUGGAAUUACAUGGAAUGUUGUUGCUCGUGGACCUCAUCAAUAUGAAUUUGGUGAUAUGGGUUCAUUAAUUGUUAUAAUAGAUGACAAAAAUCCUACUAAUUAUAUUUCAUAUAGCUCUGAUUAUGGCAGUACAUGGGAAAAGCUUGAAUUGGGUGUUACUAUUAAGGCAAAAUUGCUUACAACGGAUCAUGAAUCAUUAUUCCCAGAAUUUAUUGUUAUAG